AUGAAUCGUCUCUUAGUGUUGUGCCUUUUCGGCUUCUCGGCGACCUUCUUCGUCGGAAAUGUUCAUGCUGCUCUGGACGCUGAGGGCAUAGUCGGUGGUGAAGAUGCCGAGCUCGGUGACUUCCCUUACCAGGUCUCUCUGAAGGUUGUCGGCAAGAGCAUCUGCGGCGGUAGCAUCAUCGAUGACACCCACGUUGUCACUGCUGCUCACUGUGUCAUCUCCGAGGAGGGCAAGUUCUUUGGCUACCCCAUGAAGGUCGUUGGUGGUAUUGCCGACCUCAAGUCCAAGGGAUCCAGCAGGGUGGCCGUCGAUGUCGUCAAGGUCUACGCUACCAGGGAGUACGAUCCCACGAACGUGUUUGCACGCCCACACGGUGACAUCGCUGUUCUCAAGCUGGCCAAGCCUUUGGGCAUCGCCUCGAACCCAAACCUGGAUACCAUUGAGCUUCCCAACCCCAGCAAGACCUACGCUGGUGAGAAGGCUGUAAUCAGUGGUUUCGGCUGGAACUAUGUCAAUCUCCAGUUCAACCCCUCGACCGGAGGGGUUGAGGAGACCGGAGGUGGUGGCUACGGAAAGAUGCGCUUCGCCGAUGUAGACAUCAUUAGCCAGUCCAAGUGCCAGAGACUUGCCAGAGCCAUCAGCAAGAACCACAUCUGCGGUAUGGUCGUCCAGAGAUCCGCCAAGCCCGAGGGUGUCUGCUCCGGUGACAGCGGCGGCCCACUCGUCGCCGGCGACAAGACUCUCAUCGGUGUUGUGAGCACCAGCCCAUUGGGAUGCCGAGAGAACAAGGAACCCGCUGUUUACACCAGAGUUUCUGAAUACAUCGACUUCGUCAAGAAGGCCCUGAAGGGCCAGACUGACUCCAGCAUUCGCACCACGACUCUUCCUAUCUACUAAGCUGGACUGUUAUGACUAUUGGC